GGGAGCGCGUCAGCGUGUCGGUGUGCAGGGUAUAUUUGUUGUUGCUGCUGUCGUCUCACGCCUAUCUAGCAUCAUGGGCGCCGCGCCACGGCAACCGCCGCAGCUCAGCUGGAAGGCCCGCCUGCACAACUUUUACCUGGCCAACAAGCGCGAUGUCUUCUUCGGCUUCGUCGCCUUCUUUGCGCUCGCCACUGUGGCACGGGCGGAGAUGAUGCGGAAGGGCGUGAUGGAUCGACCCAAGGCGCAGGAGGUGCACCCAAAGGUGACGCGCGAGUUUGGCAAGAGCCGUCGCAACUCGAACGAGUAA